UUGCCAUUACGGUGCUGGAUGGGGACACAUGUGUCAUGUGAACAGACAUGACAAAAACAGCCCUCCUUAAGUUACUUUUAGCGAUAGUGAUCACAUUCAUUUUAAUUUUGCCAGAAUAUUUCAAGACACCACAAGGAAACAUAUUGGAGCUAUCAUGUCUGGAAGUGUGCUUACAACCUAAUCGCACCUAUUCACUCCCCUCCUCAAAUUUUUCUUAUGUGACUUUUCUGGAGCCAGUAAAGGAAACGGAGGCUAUAAUGGGCAUAUUUCUAAAUCACUCCAGCUUUCAAAACUUCACCAGGAUAUGCCAAGACAUCAGCAGUGAAUUUACAAUGUGCUCCUCAUGUUUGGUUUGUGAGUCCAAAGGAAACAUGGAUUUUAUUUCUCAGGAACAAACAUCGCAAGUUCUUAUCAUGAGAGGAUCCAUGGAAAUGAAGGCAAAUGAUUUUCAUUCAGCUUGUCAACACUUUAACUUCACUGUAGAGCCCACAGUUGACCACUUGGAGGAAUACAACAUUACCUGCAAUCUAAAAGCAAACACCAGAAGUUUGGCAAUCAUGGAGGAAGAUCCAGCCAAGGAAAAGUCUAUGAACCAUACUUGUAGAAUCAUGAAUUACCCGAAUAAUUGUAUACACAUUUCCUUGCACCUGGAAAUGGAUGUAAAAAAUUUCUAUUGUUCCAUGAAGAUCACUUGGUAUAUUUUAGUAAUAUUUGUUUUUAUAUUUUUGCUCAUCUUCACUAUUCACAAAAUACUUGAAGUCCAUAGACAAAUGCAGAAGUGGCAGAGCCAUAAAUACAAACCUUCAUCUAUUCUUUUAAGAGGGAGUGAUUCUGAGAAGCUUCGAACAUUGAAAGCACAGGCUCUUUCAGGGACCAUGCAGAGGAUGCCCUUGCGUCCGGUCAAGGAAGUGCUUCCCCCAAUUCCAGAGCUUGAAGUUCCUUCCCUGGUGCAUCAGCAGGAGCAGUACAUGCGAAGAUCCUUCUGAAGUCCUCUGGACAGCUUGGACCAAGCCCUUUUGAAGAACACCCAUAAUUUUAUUUUGGGAAUGUGUUAACUGGUAAAUACAUGAGUCCAGCUGAGGAUGCACGACAGGAAAUAGCAGGGAUGCCGACCGGUUAGUGAAAACAAGCUCAAGAGCACUCACUGGACCCAUGAGAUCAAAGCAAUGGGAGUGUUUUCCCAGGAGGCCAUUAUGAGCCAUGGAAACAAGCUGACGAAACCCAUGGAAAUAGCAAAAGAACGCAUGUUCUCCUUGUCUGUCCAUCUUCAUGUAGCUUACAACAGCUCCAAGAUUUUGAUUUUAAGGGAUCAGCAACAGGGUCAAGCAUGAAACUGUUUUCUCUCAUUGGCUCACAUUGCAGAUUCUGGCUUGAUGGCUUUUCCUGGGCAGAUGGAUUGUUCCUCUUUGGCAAGCUCCUCGAGAGGGCCUGGGAUGUGCGCUUCUACAUUUGUUUGGAUUUAUAAAUCUGGCCUCCUUUUGGCACUGAGAGUGUUAAAAACUAUCAAAGAUACUAAAAAAAAUAAAUUUAAGUGAAAUAUUAA